GUCAUGGUUUGAAACUCCGCCCACUCGCUAUUUAAACCCGCAAUGUCACCAAAAGGCGCUCAGAGAACUUGAUCUUGACCACUUGGAUACAACAGCAGCAACACCUGAGACAAGUUUUGCACUUUUACCUACCAAGCCUGGAAAGUUCAACCAGUCAUCAACUUUUUGGGGGAUUUUUAUUUUUUUUUUGCUGUUGUUGCUUUUCUAUAGCACUUUAUCCCACUUUUUCCUUUUUUGUUUGUUUGGGAUUAAAACGUCACUGAACCGGUGCGGUGUCACCUCCCACCCCCAACUCCACCUCCACCUCCGUCACCAGAGCGGGUGCAGCGGCACCCUUGGCCCAGAGAUGCGAUCCCUUCUGCCGCUUACGGUCUAUUGCGUCAGCCUGGUGUGCUUCCAGUCGCUGUUGGCGGAGGAGCUCUUCAGCUUGGACUAUCUCAACAAGCUAACUGACUUCGAAGAGGAUCCAUCGUUGGUUCCUGGGGCGCAAUCCGAUGCCGCCAGUCCAUCCGUGAAAGGGCGUCUCAGACACCUUCUGCCGUCUAAGGCGAGGAGAAGCAACCCCAGACUGGCGUGGGCGAAACCCGCCGAGCGUCCGGGAGUCAAUGGGAGACCGCCGAGGACCCGCCGCCACGCCCACCCCGGCUCCCGAGGGCCCCACAACUACCCUCAUCAUGCCCAGCUGAUGCGAGUGGGUUGCGUGCUGGGAACCUGCCAAGUACAGAACCUCAGUCACAGGCUUUAUCAGCUUAUCGGCCAGAGUGGGAGAGAAGACUCUUCCCCCAUUAAUCCCAGGAGCCCCCACAGCUACGGAUGAACGACCCCCCCCCACCCUCACCUCCCAAAAAAUUCUUUAUUUAUCUCUCUAAUGUAUGAGUCGGGUAUUACACUACAUGUCACCUGGAUCACUACUGCGCCUCUUUACUUUUCGGGCCAAUUAUUCAAUUUAGCACCUCACAGUUUGAGUGACCCACCACCCUGAGAAUGUUGGCCUUUUUGCAUAGACGGACAACCUAAGCAACCUCAGUCGGAUUUGUUAAUCCUGUUAAUGUAAGGACAAAGGCUUGUCUUCAACUCCAUCCUGUGCCUCGCUGAUCAAACACCCCGAAUUCUUGAUUCAGCCUUCACGUUGCACUUGUUGCCAGAGUUAGAUCACAUUUGGACAUGUUUUAAGAUAUAACCAAGAGCAUUCAGUAGACUACGGCCAAGGCCAGAUUGGGGUUGGUUGAUCCAGGAAACGCUCUUCCUAAGAAUGUGGAUGUCUGAUCAAAUUAAAACUGAAAAAAGAUGGAAACUGUGUUUUAUGGAAAACCCUUUGAGCAUUUAUUUGAUUUCCUCGAUACCUAUCUCCUAAUAUGCUCUUUGUCCUCACUAGUAGGUCAAUUCAGGACACUAGUAGAACGACCGUAUUUUGGCCUACUAGUACACAAUUAAAACUUACUCGUAAACUACUGUGCAGGGAUAUCGAAUAAAUGCUCAAACGGCUUUCCAUAAAGGUUGCGGUCCAUGUACUAGUACGCUCUUUAAACUGCCUAGUAGGAAGAUUUUGCAUACUCGUAGGACAACUACAUGUUUCUAGUGAGGAGAAAUUACUAGUGGGCAUUUUAGUGUUUCUAGUAGGGUCCAGUAAGCUACUAGUGCGUGACACAUGCCCACUAGUUGGGCCUAAUUGUGUUACUAGUACAGCACAGUACUUUACUAGGGAGGUUUAACUUUGUACAAGUAGGCCAAAAAUGGGACCAGUAGUGGAAAAAAACAUUACUAAUAAGACACAGAUGUUCUAAUAAUUUGCUGAAUUCUCAUACUAAGCUCGAUAUCAACGAUAUCGAUUAAAUUCUGAAACGUCUUUUCUUGAUGUUAUAAAUUGAAGUUACAGUGGAUGUUAUGCCACUCCAGUGACCUAGAUGGCGGUAAUGAGCAUUGGAAGACGGUGGACGAAUGCUUAACAACAGAAGAAACUAUAGUGCGCUAACAUGAAAAAAAAAAUGAAUGGGGACAAAUUACAGUAAAUAUAAACAAUUGAAUGAAAGAGAAAAAAAAUCUAAUUAAAUGCAAAAAAAUAAAUAAAAUGGAAUUAAGUAAAACCAAAUUCUGCAUUCAAUAAUAACAAUAACCAAUAUGGAAUGCUUUCUACCAUGGCAAACCUUAUCCACAGUUCUGUGGAAAAGGGAGCUUAGUUUGAAUUGCAACGUUUACAAAGACUGCAAUAUUCAAAGAGAAAGCAAUAACCCGAUUAGGAUUGCCUGGAUCAUUCCAGUCUUAAGUACUCUCAGAUAAAUCAAAACAAAGCAAAACCAAAACGCUUGUGAAUAAAUGUAUGACACAGGUCUUAAUAUGGCCCAGAGUUAACCCCAGAGUCAAAAAAAGUGUAUUGAAAGUGUAUUCCAGACAAAAUGUCAAUAGUAAUGUAGUUGACGAGUGGAGAUGUGGAUCUGUGCUCACGGUGUGGAAAUAUUAGGCCCUUUCAGGUGAUUCAUAAGUUCUCCCCGCAAGUCAGGACUUUGGGGUUGACGGCAGUUUAUUAAAGCUGACCUUAAUCUUUGCAGUCAUACGCAGCAACAGCGGGAUGGGGUGGGGGGCAUUCCCCAGUCUCCACACGCGUCAAAAUAAAUACGAGCUGCCACAAACUUUCACAUAAGGUUCAUAUUUCAAUAUAAUGUUUCACAAAUUACCUGGCAAUACUUGACGGAGAGAUUUACUGAAUGCAAUCUUGGUGAUCUUUCAUAUUCUAUAUUUUCCCCUUUGCCCUGCAGAGGAGCGUUAUGGCCAUGGUGAGAAAGAAAAAUCAGUCAUAUUAAAUUGAAAAAGAAUCACACUAUCAAGACAAUAAAGUUAUUUUGCUAUGCUAACGUCACAAGUAAAAAUGUUACAGACAAAAAGUCAGAUUGUUAUGAGUGUUGAUGGAUUCAAACACAUGAAUUUUGG